AUGGCAGGGCCGGAGAGCAACUCCGGAUCGCCCAUCAAGCAAGAAGAUCAAGGCUGCAUUUCGAACCACAUCGGCGAGACCAUCGACCUCAUCAGCGACGACGAGCACGAAGACACGAUGACGGCUAUUCUCAGAAGGCCAGCCCCCCCGGCGAAGAAGACUGCAGCAUCUCCGAAACAACGAUCCGCUCAGAUGAAUGCGGAACAGCCCACGAAGGUUGUCGAGACGGUCGAGAACCCGCACCCACCCCCUCCGACCACCGAAGAGAUCCUUGCGCUGCAGAAGCGGCUUGCGGACAAAUUCCGAUCGGGUCCACUUGCACCCAAAGCUCCCAUCCCGCCGCCGCAGGAGUCAGAACAAGCCGCCCCUUCCCCAAUCCCGGAAUCAGCAGGAAGCGAGAUCGAGAUGCGGUAUAAAGCGGCGAAGGUCGUUCACGAGCAGAAGAAGCGUGCAGACGAGCUUUCGGUCGAGGAUGAGGUUCGCUUUAUGAGGCUGGAAGCCGAGUUCAAUACCUGGGUGCAGAAGCAGGCCGCAGACAGGGAGUAUGAGGCGGUCUCGGACGAUGAGAGCGGCUUAUUCGUACAGCAGAGCGAUGCCUCUGCUGUGCCACCGCCAAUGGCUUUUGGAGCUAGCGAAGAGGAGGAAGAGCCUGAGCGCCCUAAGAAGGGCCGCAAGCGCGGUGCUGCUGCUCCAGACAGCGAGCAACCAGCCACCAAGAAGGGAAAGGCCAGGAAGAACGCCAAGAAGGUGUUGGGAACGAAUUACAACGACGGCGACGUGGACGAUUUGCUCAACUUGACCUCUCGAGCAAAAGCCGCUGCGAAGGGAGCCAAGGGCAAAGCAUCUGGCAGCAAAGCAAAGCCGAAGUCUCGCAAGAAGCAGGGCGCUCAACUCACGAACCUCGAUUCAAUCACGACUGCGAACGUCUUCAGAGAUGCUGUUGCGGCGGCUGAGCUGCCGUCCCAGCCCAAGUUCUCUGGCACAAGACGCAGGAAUGAGGCCCUGAAGCAACUGAUGGCGUCAGUUCCAGAUGAAAGCAGGGGAACUGCUCGUAGUGAUAAAAAGUUCUUGACGGACGCCAUCGAGGCCUUCAAUGGUGGAGGUCAUGCUGUGAAAGCUACUACUGAUGGAAGUGGCAACUGGGAGGUGAGGGGAAUGAAGGCUACUCUCAAGCCUUAUCAGGUUUGUGGCGUGGCUUUUAUGUUGCAGAGGGAGCGAGCCUCAGUCCAACCGAAGGGUGGACUCCUCUGCGACGAGAUGGGGCUGGGAAAAACUAUCUCAAUGUUGACGUUAAUAGUUCAGCAACUUCCUGGCAAGGACAAGCCAAAGAACCGGGCCACACUGAUCGUCGCCGCGCCUGCUCUGAUCGCGCAGUGGGAUAAAGAAAUUCGGCAGCAUGUCGCAACGAAGUCCGAUAGCAAGUAUGGACUAGGGCGCGUGGCUCACCAUCGCGCUGGCCACAAAAGCGACAUCAACGACCUCGAAGAGAUGCUAGCGAACUCAGACAUCGUUCUUACAACCUACUACGAAGUCAUGAAGAGCUACCCGAAGUGUCUGCCGCCCCCAAACCUCGUCACGGCUGCCCAGAAGGAGGCGUACUGGAAGGAGACAUGGGAGAACGAUCGCGGUCUGCUACAUAAGAUAAAAUGGCUACGUGUGGUCCUGGAUGAAGCAAGCGCCAUCAAAAAUCAUCGUUCUCACACAAGCAUGGCCUGUCGUGCCCUUGAGGCAAAGCAUUACUGGGCCAUCUCAGGCACUCCGGUUCAGAAUACGCUGCAGGAAUUCUAUAGCUACUUCAGAUUCCUGCGGGAGCCUCACACAGGCACAUUCAAAAUCUUCCAGAACAACUUCUGCACAGCUUCGGAUCCAACGGGCAAGGAGCGCCUGGCUGCCUUCUUGAGAAAGUUCAUGAUCAGGAGAACGCACAUAGACAAGAUGUUUGAAGCCAGGCUACUGGACCUCCCGACUCCCAGCCAGCGCACGGUGUGGCUCGAAUUCAACGAUAUCGAGCGGCAGGUUUACGACGUCGUCCGCAAACGGUUCAUCGCCAGAAUCAACUCCACCAUGGCCAAGGACGAGAGUGUGGGCAAGAAAUUCGCAGGCAUCUGGACCAUGGUGCUGAGGCUCCGUCAAAUCACAGCAAGUGUGCUUUUAGUCUUCGAUUCUUGCCUUGAUUUGUUCGAGAGAGAAGACUUCGAGAAACUCAACCAGAUCACCGCAUCAGAAAUCGAGGGCCACGACGACGGUGUCGCCUUGCUGCUCCAUCUUCGCCACAUCUUGCGUUUGAGCAAAUCGUCUGAAGUCAUCGAGGGAGGCAUCAGUGGCAGCGUGAUGCUGCAAAGCGAAGUGGAAGCACUUCCCAUCGGGCAGAUUGACUUCAGCGGCCAUAGUGAGGGUGACGAAACUGGCGGCGGCCAUGGCCUGAGCUUCCGCUUCCAGAAAUAUCUCGACAAGUGGAAGACCACGGAUGCCUGGGAAAAAUGCAAGGAUAGGGCUGUUUGCUGUGGAUGCAGACAGCCCCCCGACAACCCUUAUGUGACAAGCUGCUCCCACAUAUACUGUCUGGCAUGCUUGGAGGACCUUACUCAUCUGGCGGCCAGACGAGGGAGAGACUUGGCCAAGUGUAAAGAGUGCGGUGAUACGUACACGUUCAGCCGGCCUUGCGUAUCGGAGGGGUUUGAGGCAACGAAAGCGAGACCCACCUCGACAUUUUCCUCCGAAGAGCCAGCCACGCAGUCGUCCAGCACUAAGAAGAAGAAGAAGGAGGACCAGAUUGACUGGCUCGGGCUCAAUGGCAGCGUACUACCUUCUGCAAAGACAGUUGCGGUCAAGGCUCAAAUCCUUGAGUGGCUCGAAGAAGAUCCAGCGGUCAAGAUCAUUUGCUACACCCAGAUUCGGCUACUUGGGAAGGUGGUCACUGCAGAAGGUUGGGGAUACAGCGAAUAUCAUGGAAAAAUGGGUCAUGAGCUUCGUGCAAACUCGCUAGAGGACUUUCAAACGAACCCAAACAAAUCCAUCCUGCUCUGCAGCCUUCGCUGCGGGGGCAUGGGCUUGAACAUCACAGCCGCUUCUAGGGUCAUCAUCAUUGACCCAUGGUGGAACGCAGCGGUAGAACAGCAGGCGUUCUGCAGGGUGUUCAGGAUCGGCCAGACGAAAACCUCAAGCAUGACCCGCCUUGUGGUAAAGAAUACUAUUGAUCAAGCGAUGAUGAACAUGAAGGAACUCAAGCUUACUGAGAUCGAAUCGGUGAUGAGCGUCAGCAAGCUUCAGGAACAUGUCUCACUCAAGGAUCUCAUGAGACUUUUUGGCAACGAGGUCGGCGAGGACGAGGCAGGGCAGCCCUUCAUAUUUGCGGACGAUGACGGAGGUGACGAGCGGCUCAGGGUGCCCGGUGGGAGCGAUGAUGAGGACAACUUGAUGGGCGAUGAGGCUUAA